AUGGCUCCAUCCACCAGCAACGCGCCCUCACUGCUUCUCCUCCCCGCGCCCCCAUUUCCCCUCGACCCUCGCUCCCUCAGCGCCGCCUACCGAGCCCCUCUCACAGCAGCCCUCAAACGCCUCAGCAGCAACACCAACAACAAUGAUGGCGGUAACCACGUCCUCGUCAUCGCCAUCGCCUGUCCCAUCCUCACCGGGCCCUCACCAAGAUCCAAAUCCCUAAACUGGAAGGCCGCGCAGUCCCUCCUCGCCCGUACAUACACCCUCAUCUCCGUCAUCUGCACUGAGCUCUCCAUCAACACAUCCGGCGAGCCAAGCACCAGCAGCACCGGCCUAGAUCCCCGCGUCGUGCUCAUCGACCAUGAGCGACGGAGGACGUACCACCGCAACUAUGACGGAGAAUAUGAGGCAAAUUGCACUCCUGUGCUGGACCUGGCUGCUUUUGCCUCGACGGUAUAUCCCUGGAAGACUGUCUUCCAUCCAAGCGCCGAAUCAGGCUAUGAGCUCCUCAACGCAUUCCUAGACUACUCACAGGGCAAACAAACCUUUUUACAAAGCCAGCUCGUCGCUGUAGAAGGCGGCAUCACAAUGUCCCUCAGCGGUGAAACCUCCCCCUCCACUCAGGGCGACUUCAUCAAGGGUCACAACACCGUCUGUCUAGGUGGCACAUUCGACCACCUCCACCCAGGCCACAAGCUCCUCCUCCACGCCACCGCCUUACUCAUGAAGAUUCCCGAACGCCCUUCUCCUGGGAAUCAAGCCGUCCUCAUCGUCGGAAUCUCCGGCGACGAGCUUCUCACAAACAAGAAAUACGCAGCGGUCCUCCAGCCCUGGGCCGUGCGCGCAAACAAUGUCCUCCAAUUCCUCUCCACAAUCUUCAACUCGGCCUCCUCGUCAAACACCAAUUCCCUUCCGCCCACAUCUUCCCCCUCACAGGACGAGCUUCACGCAAUGUUUCGCAAUGGCACGGUGCUGGUGCGCUGUGUCAACAUUCACGAUCCCUUUGGCCCGACCAUUACGGAAGAGGCCAUAGAUGCCAUUGUGGUCUCUGGUGAGACACGUAGUGGUGGGCAGGCGAUUAAUGACAGGAGGACCGAGAGAGGGUGGAGGCCAUUAGAUGUUUUUGAGAUUGAUGUGCUUGAUCCGCAAGAUAUUUCGGAAGAGGGCAAUGGUGCACAGAGCAAUGGCUUUGCGUCAAAGAUUAGCAGCACAGAAAUACGGCAGCGGAUAGCUCAAGCACGGAAUGGCUCACAAUAG